AUCGUCUACUUCCGUUUUUGAUUAAAAGCCAUACGAUAUCUUCAUUUACAGGCAUGACUCUGCUUCCACAGAUACUCACAAUCGCAUGAACCUCCUCCGGCAGUACUCGUCUUUACACUGGUACCGCCUUUGGGGCUUAGAUGAUUAAGAGUCAGAGUUCCGGUGGUCAUUCAACGUCUUAUGAUCCAGACUGGGUGAGAAAGUAUGGUAGUUCCAUCUUUUGCGCGUGCCACACGUUCGUCGGGUCUCAAGAUUAGCCCUGUGGACGAGAAGACGAGACAUGUGACGACACCGGUCAACGCACAGAGCUCAAAGCCCUCAUCGCAAAGCCCCAAAAGGAGUCAAAAACUAAAACGGCCCUCGACUCUUACCAGACGUGCCCGCGAGAGCAUAGCCUACAAUGCGGACCUUUACCAUAUAAAGCCUUCGAACCCGUCAAAGCCGUGUCUAUUAGCUACACUUCCAAGCGAGCUCAGGACACUCAUCUAUACGUUUGUACUGGGCGACCUCCAAAGACCGAUUUUGAUGAACUACGGUCGUAUAAGACACUCUCCAUCGACGUUGUUGCACAUAUGCCGUGCUGUCCGUAUUGAGGCAGCAUACAUAUACUUCGCCGAGGCUUCAUUCACAUGGAUAGUAAAGAACCUUAACUUCGCGAUGAUCAUGAGGUGGCUGCAGAGUCUACAACCGUCCCAUAGGUCAUUACUUUCACGCAACCCAAAUUUGACUAUUGAGAUCAUUCCCGGGCUCUCGAAGUCGUUCACAUACCCACCUAAGGGCUUCCUCUUGGAUGACACAAUGGAGAAUCACUGGAAAGUUUGCCAACCUUUUGGCAACUUGUACACAGUAAAAUCAACACGCACAUCCAAUGCCCGCGGGCCGCUUGCAUUAUUCAACGAUAUCGACCACGAUCCAACUCACGACAGCGCCAAAGUUUUCUUCAUACUAUUCUGCAGACUAGCUGGAUGGUCAAGACUACGUACACAGCCAAGCUACGCAAAUAUUCGAUGGAAGUACGAGUUUGAUUUGCCGUCAGACGCACAUGGAAGAUUCUCGAUCUACCAGUCGUUCUGGACACAUCGAACAGAGAUACAGCUCUUUAUGGUUCGGCUGAAGAAGCUAUGGACAAGGAAUCAGUGCGAGGACAGAAUCAGACCACCGAUUUUGGAAUUACUCGAUACCUUCUUAGAGGCUUUCGCCAAGCUUGAGGGCCCGGAUGGCGUCAGCUUCAGAGAACAACCCCUGUUCGCAUCUCUUGAGGCUAACAGAGAACGUGUCGAGAAGUGGACUGGGCAAUGUCGAAAGUAGAAUAUUUCACACGAGGAAAAAAGGCAAGACUAGAUGGAGCACAUUUGGAUG